UUUGAAAUAUUGGAUACUUCCUGCGUACGCCUUAAAUUGGCGCCUGAAACCCCUUUGAAACACAUCUUGCUUCGGCACCGUUUCUUUGAUUUCGGAAACAAUUUCUUCAUCUGAUCUCAAUUCAAUCUCACCCAUGGAGCAGCAGAGGCAAAGAAACCAGAGGACAGUCCAAGAACCACAGCAGCAGCAGGACGAUGAACAAUUAGAUGAUAUGCAACAUGGCCCUUUUCCAGUCGAACAACUUCAGGCUUCUGGAAUUGCUGCUCUUGACAUAAAGAAACUGAAAGACGCCGGUUUAUGUACAGUUGAAUCUGUAGCGUACUCUCCUCGAAAAGAGCUUCUGCAAAUCAAAGGAAUUAGUGAAGCUAAAGUUGAUAAGAUUGUUGAAGCAGCUUCGAAACUGGUCCCUUUGGGGUUUACUAGUGCGGGACAGCUUCAUGCGCAAAGACAGGAAAUAAUUCAGAUAUCUUCCGGGUCUAGAGAACUUGACAAGAUAUUAGAUGGAGGAAUUGAAACCGGAUCUAUUACUGAACUAUACGGCGAGUUUCGUUCUGGGAAGACUCAGCUUUGUCACACUCUAUGCGUAACUUGCCAACUUCCGUUAGAUCAAGGUGGUGGUGAAGGGAAGGCGAUGUACAUCGAUGCUGAAGGUUCAUUCAGGCCGCAAAGACUCUUACAGAUCGCCGACAGGUUUGGGUUGAAUGGUAAUGAUGUAUUAGAGAAUGUAGCGUAUGCAAGAGCUUACAACACAGAUCAUCAGUCACGGCUGCUGCUUGAAGCGGCUUCCAUGAUGGUUGAAACCAGGUUUGCACUUAUGAUAGUGGACAGUGCAACGGCCCUUUAUAGAACUGAUUUCUCUGGUAGAGGGGAACUAUCGGCCCGUCAGAUGCAUCUUGCAAAGUUCUUGAGGAGCCUUCAGAAGCUGGCAGACGAGUUUGGAGUAGCUGUGGUGAUCACUAAUCAAGUGGUGGCUCAAGUAGAUGGUUCUGCCAUGUUUGCUGGCCCUCAAAUCAAACCGAUUGGUGGUAACAUCAUGGCUCACGCUUCUACAACCAGGUUGGCUUUGAGGAAAGGUAGGGGAGAAGAACGGAUUUGUAAAGUAAUUAGUUCCCCGUGUUUAGCGGAAGCGGAAGCGAGGUUCCAGAUUUCUACAGAAGGUGUUAAUGAUGUCAAGGACUGAAUGAUGCAAGCUCUCUGUAUUUGUUUCAAA